AUGUGGGUCACCUUCCUUCCUCGUCGAAAUCCGCUGACAGGCAGGCCGCUCCCGAUCGACAGAUCGCAAGGAAACGUCGCAGCCCUCGUCAACCGCUUCCAGAUCGCGGCUGACAGAGAUGCCCGUUUAGCAGCGCGCGAGGCUCGCCGUGUCGUCUCGGCCCCUGUCAAGCCCGGCACCUUCCUCGACGGCAACUCUGUUCUGGGCUUGAGCUCAAGCUUUGACUCGGGCCCGGACUCAAACUCGACUACCAGCCUUCCUACCUCGAUCUCGACCCCGGCCGUCGUUGACGCCUCCAGCAUUCCCUCCAUCCCCAGCAUCUCCUCCGCUUCCCCCUCUCCCACCGACCCCGAAGUUGAUGCAGCUGCGUCCGCGCAUGCCCCCGACGUCUCAACACAGGAGUCAGAUCCCGCUCAGGCUCCCUCUCCCCCUCCGUCCAUCGGACAAGUGGUCGACCAGAAGCAGGGAGGGAAGGAUGACAAAGACAAGGAGAAUGCUUCUGUGAAUCAGUCGCACGACGAUCACCCCCGCCGCCGCACCGCACCGAAGUCUCCGCAUGCAAGCCACAAAAGCCCCUUAUCACCGUCGACGACGACCAAGCCGCUGUCGCAUUCGCGAUCCAAAGCAAACUUACGCCCUGACGCUACCACGUCGCCUCGCUCGACCAAGUCGACUCCCAAACUCAAACCCUCCUCGACUGGAGGCACGCACAGCUCGACCUCGGAGCGACUGCGCGAACGUGAACCUCGUACCUCGGCGUCUCCUCAGAAGCACACAGCUAGUAGCUUGGCGAAGAGCAAGAGCCGCCCCCAAUCCCCGAACGACCACCACACACCGCACCCCCGCCCACGCAGCAGUGUCGGCAGCUCCCGCAGCCCUCCUGUGACAACAACGGCGCCGCGUCGCCCGCGUACAUCAACAGCCUCGACAAUCUCGAACGACUCGACGCCUCGCAGCACCAGCAGCACGUCACGGCUGAUGCAGGGCACUGCCGCGAGCCGCGCGCGUGCAGCGGCCACCCGUGCCGAGGCGAUGGCCACGCCGACCCGUGUGAAGGCACGCACGUCACGCGAUAACCUUGUCACCUCUCCGUCCUCAGCUAGCAAGUCCUUAAACCGCAAAGCCUCCCGACCUUCCCUCGCUACCGCCGAGAAGGCGGUUGCGCGCGCCGAAAAGGCCGUGAAGCGUGUUGAGCGUGCACUCGAGCGGUCAGGACACAGCGACUCGGGCCACAGCGCCGAGCACGAGCCCGAGCCGGAAAUCUUGGCCGCGUAA